AUGAGCACCAAAUUUCCCUGUCCAAAGAACAUGGAGCUCACAUUCUUCUUCUUCUUAGCCUCUGUUCUAGCAACGUCCCAAGCUGCAGCAACUCCCUACCAAAUCCACCUUCUCCGGCCACAUUCCGGGGCUUCCGGCCACCAUGUCCCCGACAUUUCCUGCCUCAGCUGGCGGCUCGCCGUUGAGACUGACAACAUCCGCGACUGGGACGUAGUCCCAGAAGCGUGUGAGAACUACGUUGGCCACUACAUGCUAGGCCAUCAGUACCGAAAAGAUUGCAACGCUGUUGGGUACUCCGCUUUGCAAUAUGCUAAGAGCCUUAAGCUCGCCGGAGACGGGAAGGACAUUUGGGUCUUUGACAUUGAUGAAACUGCACUCUCUAACCUACCGUAUUAUGCUCGCCCAGAAAAUGGAUUUGGGGCAAAAGAGUAUAACGCGACAUCAUUCAAUGAGUGGAUUGAGGAAGGAAUAGCACCGCCAGUUCCGGCAGUUCUUAAGCUAUACCAAAAGUUAUUGCCUCUGGGUUUUAAGAUAGUCUUCAUUUCAGGAACAUCUGAAAAGUACAGAAAAAUCAAGAUUUCUAACCUGAAAUUAGCCGGUUACCACACCUGGGAAAAGCUCAUUCUCAAGGCAACAUCGGAGAGUGGUGCCACGGCAUUGGUGUACAAAUCGGCGAAGAGGAAAGAACUUGUGGAAGCAGGAUACAGAAUCCUUGGAAACAUAGGGGAUCAAUGGAGUGAUUUGUUCGGUACCUACGUCGGCAAUAGGACUUUCAAGGUGCCGGAUCCUAUGUACUACAUUAGCUGAAGUUUGUGGUAGUGUUCAGUGCCUAGCAUUACCGUUGUUCUAUGACCAUUUAAUCCAGGGGUCAUUGUAAUGGUUCUAAUUUCUCAAAGCCCAAAGGUGCCAAUAAAGAGUUGAUCCCAAACCUGUUCGAUUUGA